GUAUGAGAGCAAGAAAACCUAGAAGCGAGAAACUCUAUUUAAAACCCAAAGAAUGUGAUGAAAUCGAAUUUAUAUUUGUUUUCCAUUCCUAGAAAGAAGAAACAUUAAUCGGUGGGGGAAGAAACAAAACCAUGAUAUAGAGAUCAGGCAGGAAAUCGGGCGGAGAGAGAGAGGAAUUAACCGGCCACAAUAAAAGCAGGCUUAAAGUGGAGUAAGCCCAUCAUAAUCUGGUGUAUAGAGUUUACGCGCUGCCGGAGAUGGCCGACCUCGAGGCGCACAAUCACCCCCAAAUUUCUCCGGCCAUUUUUAACCGACCCAAUCUCCCCGUCACUCUCAAGUUCGAUGAGGUGGUUUACAGGAUCAGGAUCGCGGCGGGGGGAGGCUUGUUGAAGAAGAAAACAAAAUCAGAAGAGAGAGUAAUACUGAAAGGAAUUUCGGGCAUGGUGCUGCCCGGGGAAAUGCUGGCGAUGCUGGGGCCGUCGGGCAGCGGCAAGACGACGCUGCUGACCGCCCUCGGCGGGCGGCUAGGCGGCCAUCUCGCCGGCAGCAUCACCUACAACGGCAAGCCCUUCUCCAACGCGAUGAAGCGCAACACGGGCUUCGUCACCCAAGACGACGUUCUCUACCCUCACCUGACCGUGACGGAGACGCUGGUGUACACGGCCCUGCUGCGGCUGCCCCGGACCCUGAGCAAGGGCGAGAAGGCGGAGCACGCGGAGGCCGUGAUAGCGCAGCUGGGGCUGUCGAGGUGUAGGAAUAGCAUCAUAGGGGGGCCGUUCCUGGGGGGGGUGUCGGGGGGCGAGAGGAAACGGGUGAGCAUUGGGCAGGAGAUGCUCAUCAACCCGAGCUUGUUGUUCCUGGACGAGCCCACAUCGGGUCUGGACUCCACCACUGCGCAGAAGAUUGUGUCGACGCUGUGGGAGCUGGCCAACGGCGGCCGCACAGUCGUCAAGACCAUUCACCAGCCCUCCAGUAGGCUCUUUUAUAUGUUUCACAAGGUUCUCUUGCUGUCCGAAGGGAACCCUUUGUAUUUCGGCAAAGGAGCUGCCGUUUUGGACUAUUUUUCCAGUGUUGGUUUUGCUCCCAGUGUUGCCAUGAAUCCUGCCGAUUUCCUGCUCGAUCUCGCUAAUGGAGUUGCAACGGCGGAAUCGAAUGAAGAUCAAGCAGCGAUUAAGCAGAGUUUGGUGAAUGCUUAUAAAACACAGCUGUCAGCGGCUGUGAAAUCGGAGCUCGAUGUUGAUAGCAGUCUUCACACUCCAACAAAUGAUAGGAAGCUUAAGCGUUGGUCAAAUACAUGGUUGGAUCAGUUCUCAGUCUUGUUUAGGAGAGGAAUCAAAGAAAGGAAGCAUGAGUCUUUCUCAACAAUCAAGAUUGUGCAAGUUUUGGUGGUUGCUAUUCUAACUGGACUGCUUUGGUGGCAGUCCCCCGUCGAUCACUUGCAAGACCAGGUGGGGCUCUUCUUCUUCUACUCGGGUUUUUGGGGGUUCUACCCCCUAUUCCAGGCCAUCUUCACAUUCCCUCAAGAACGUAUGAUGCUGUCGAAAGAGCGGGCAUCGGGCAUGUACCGCCUCUCCUCCUACUUCAUGGCCCUAACCCUAGGCGACCUGCCCAUGGAGCUAGUCCUCCCCACCGUCUUCUACGCCAUAACCUACUGGAUGGCAGGCCUCAAGCACACGGCGGGGGCCUUCUUCUCGGGCCUGUUUGUGCUGCUCUACAGCGUGCUGUGCUCUCAGGGGCUGGGGCUGGCCAUUGGGGCUGCGGUUAUGGACCAGAAGUCUGCCACCACGCUUGGAUCCGUGAUCAUGCUCACCUUCCUCCUGGCCAGUGGCUACUACGUGCAGCACGUGCCCGCCUUCAUAGCUUGGAUCAAGUACAUAUCCAUCAGCCAGUACACCUUCAAACUCCUGCUCAGCUCGCAGUAUGAGAGUGAUCAGAUCUAUCGUUGUGGUGCCAAUCAGACUUGCUUCGUGAGGGAUUUCCCCUCCAUAAAGACGGUGGGGAUUGGCGGGAGAGGGAGUAUCGUGGCGGUGCUCGCCAUGGCUGUCAUGCUUGUGCUCUAUAGGCUUAUAGCUUAUGUUGCUCUCAUGAGAGUUGGCGUCACCAGGAACUAGGCCUCAUUUUUUCUUUCUUUCAAGAAUUGCUCGUUUUAGGCAGCAGCAGCAUUAGUUAGGUCGUUGAGAAGUGCUGAUUUCACUAAUAAAUAAGCACUUUUUAUGUCACUUUUCAGUUGGAUGUCUAGUAGCAGAUAGCAGUGUUUUUA